AUGGCCGGCAGUGGGGCCGUCGCCGCGGUCGCCUUCUCCCUCGCCGCCGUCUCGGCGUCGCCCUUGGAGCGCAGCGCUGCCGCCAUGGCCGAGGAGGAGAGCCUGUCGCCUGCCGGGGAAGGAUCAGGAUGGCUGUCCAGUUGGUUGCCUGCAUGGUGCCCUACAUCAGUCGUACAGCUUAAAGAAGCUGAAGAGAAAAUACUGAAAUGUAUCAAAAGUCCGUAUCAUAAGCAAUAUGUCUUCAUAUCCAAUGGAAAUAAAAUAUGGACACUAACGUUCUCUCAGAACCUUUCCCAUAAAACUCCACUUGUUCUCCUCCAUGGGUUUGGGGGAGGUGUUGGACUUUGGGCCCUGAACUUUGAAGAUCUUUGUGAACACAGGACUGUUUAUGCCUUUGAUUUCUUGGGAUUUGGGCGCAGCAGUAGACCACAGUUUGAAACUGAUGCAGAAGUGGCAGAGAACCAGUUUGUGGAAUCUGUUGAAGAGUGGCGACAGAAAAUAGGCUUGGACAGUAUGAUUUUACUUGGACACAACCUGGGUGGAUUCCUGGCAGCUGCUUAUUCCCUGAAGUACCCCUCAAGAGUGAAGCAUCUUAUAUUGGUGGAGCCAUGGGGUUUCCCAGAAAGACCUAGUAAUGCUGAACAGGAAAGAUCAAUUCCAGUCUGGAUCAAAGCACUUGGAGCAGUUUUGAGUCCAUUUAACCCAUUGGCUGGUCUCAGGAUAGCAGGACCUUUUGGGCUGAGCCUUGUACAGCGUAUUAGGCCAGAUUUCAAAAGAAAGUAUUCUUCCAUGUUUGAUGAUGACACUGUGACUGAAUAUAUCUACCACUGUAAUGUGCAGUCUCCAAGUGGUGAAACUGCUUUCAAGAACAUGACUGUGCCAUACGGAUGGGCAAAAAGGCCAAUGCUGCAGCGGAUUGCAUACAUGCACCAAGACAUUCCUAUCACUGUGAUUUAUGGAGCACGGUCGUGUAUAGACGGCAAUUCUGGGACCACCAUCCAGUCUCUGCGACCAAAUUCCUAUGUGAAAACCAUAGUUAUUCUUGGAGCAGGUCACUAUGUGUAUGCCGAUCAACCUGAAGAUUUCAACCAGAAAAUAAAAGAAAUUUGCAAUUCUGUGAACUGAUCAGCAUUCUGCUCUUUAGAAAAGCCAGCUGCAGAUGUAAUCCAAAGCAAUACUGUGUAAAAUACUAAGAAAGAGACUUUUUUAAAA